AUGUAUCCAAACAUUGGUCAAGGCAAUCCACAACCAUCGGCACCACCACAACCACCAUCAUCAUCGAAUCCUUCGGCGUUAGGAAAUACAGGUGGAUCACAACCUGUUGGAUUCUCCAGUUUGAUGGCACAACCAACAAGUCAACAACCGCCAUAUCCAUCAGGUCCUCAAGCAUCGUUGCCACCUUAUAACAAUCCUUAUGGAUCAAAUAAUCAACCACCGAAACAAGGCAAUUUUUCGUCUUACUCUCUUCCACAAGUUGGACAACAACCACCGCCUCAGCAAGGAGGUGGUGGUUAUCAACAGGGACCAUAUCCACCUCAAUCGAAUCCAUAUUCGAAUUCUAAUCAACCUUCUGGAUUUUCUGGUAAUAACCAACCACCACCAAAUAAUAGUGGCUAUCAAAAUCCCUACGGCCCAUCAAAUUCGUAUCCACCACAGCAAGGCUUUCCCAACAAUCAGAAUCCCUAUCGACCAUCGAAUCCCUAUCCUCCUCAACAAGGUAAUUCUAAUUAUCAAAAUCCAUACGGUCCUCAACAAGGUGGCUAUCCUCCUCCACAACAACCACCACCACAAUAUCAAAGCCCAUAUAGUGCUAACCCACAACAAAAUCAAGGUCCAGGAUACAAUGCUAAUUCAUAUGGAGGACCAGGACAAAUGAAUGAACGUCUUCGUGCGAUAGCAGGUCGAUAUGAAAUCAGUGAUCAACUGGCUCAGCGACUGAAUAUUCUUCAACAAUUCGAAAUUGUCGUUCUUUGCGACGAUUCCGGUUCCAUGAAUACGCCAGUUGACGGAACAAAUGGCACACGAUGGGAUGAACUACGAUCUAUUGUACAAAUCGUUAUCGAAAUUGGUACUGUAUUCGAUUCGAAUGGUGUCGAUGUUCACUUUCUCAACCGUCGGCCUAUGCCGAACGUUACCGACACUCGACAAGUUAUGGAAUCUUUCAGUGAACGUCCCAGCGGUCUAACACCGUUGACAUCAGCUCUACGACGUAUAUUUCAAUCAGCAGCAAGCAAACCUGGCAGUGACAAGCGUCUACUCGUCUUCGUUGCAACUGAUGGCGCACCAACCGAUGCCAAUGGUAAUGUUGACAUACAAAGUUUAGAAAAUUUGAUGCGCAAUGAACGUCAAGCAAACACAACCUAUGUAACAUUUCUUGCAUGUACAGAUGACGAAUCCAGUGUAUCCUAUUUAUCACAAUGGGAUCGCAAUAUGAUGAAUGUAGAUGUUGUUGAUGAUUAUAAGAGUGAACGAGAAGAAAUUCGUCGCACACGUGGUCCAAAUUUUCCAUUUUCAUUUGGAGAUUACGUUGCCAAAGCAUUACUUGGCUCCGUCGACCCACAAAUGGAUCAACUUGAUGAAUGGGGAAAUAACAAUAACAAUAACUAUCGACGAUUUUAA